GAAAGAAGGACCCAUGCAGAAUUUCGACUUUUUAAUUCAAAUAUCUCCUCAGAAACACUUAUUAGCUCGCAUCGGUCUUCGGAAGGGACAUAUCGCCGCCGGAGUUGUUAAUAUAAUCUCGUACGCAUCGUGAAUAUGGUGCUGUUCGUCAAUAAAAAGGGUAUUGAAUUCAGUGUCAAUCUAUUCAGGCACAUUUUCCAGGCGCCCCUUCAGCGCGCGGUGCAUUGCGGGAUCGUCGCGUCUCUUGUAUCGAGCAAAACCGAUUGACUUUACCAUAGUGUGAAGGUGGUGUGUUGGCUGACUCUUUUAAACAUGUCGGUGCGGGAAUCUUUUAACCCGGAGAGUUAUGAACUCGACAAGAACUUCAGACUAACACGCUUCACAGAGCUCAAGGGAACGGGCUGCAAAGUCCCUCAAGAUGUGCUCCAGAAACUUCUAGAAUCCCUGCAGGAAAACCAUUAUCAGGAAGAUGAGCAGUUCCUUGGGGCUGUAAUGCCCAGACUAGGUGUUGGUAUGGACACCUGUGUGAUUCCGUUGAGACAUGGAGGCUUGUCACUUGUGCAGACCACAGACUAUAUCUACCCCAUAGUGGACGACCCAUAUAUGAUGGGGAGAAUUGCUUGUGCCAAUGUGCUGAGUGACCUGUAUGCCAUGGGGGUAACGGAGUGUGAUAACAUGCUGAUGCUUCUUGGUGUCAGCAACAAACUCACAGAGAAGGAGCGUGAUAAGGUCAUGCCUCUGAUCAUCCAGGGGUUUAAGGAUGCAUCCGAGGAGGCGGGAACCUCCGUUACAGGAGGUCAGACUGUUAUAAAUCCUUGGAUAGUCCUGGGAGGCGUGGCCACAACAGUGUGCCAACCUAAUGAGUUCAUUAUGCCAGAUAAUGCAGUACCAGGGGACGUGCUGGUUCUCACCAAACCUCUAGGAACACAAGUGGCGGUCGCAGUGCACCAGUGGCUGGACAUUCCAGAGAAAUGGAAUAAGAUAAAGUUGGUCGUCUCUCAGGAGGAUGUUGAACUGGCUUAUCAGGAGGCCAUGCUGAACAUGGCUCGACUCAACAGAACCGCGGCCGGGCUGAUGCACACCUUCAAUGCACACGCAGCAACUGACAUAACAGGGUUUGGGAUCCUGGGUCACGCUCAGAAUCUGGCCCGCCAGCAGCGCACAGAGGUGUCCUUCGUCAUUCACAACUUGCCGGUUCUCGCCAAGAUGGCCGCUGUCAGCAAAGCUUGCGGCAACAUGUUUGGCCUUAUGCACGGCACCUGCCCGGAGACCUCAGGUAUAAGAUCAGACAUGUGUUUGGGUCAGCUUUGA